AUGUUCGCUGUUCCAGGGUGGGAUGUCUCCCCAGCGUCCCUGGUGCAGCAGAAACAAGCUCGCAAGCCAGAACAAGUUCAGUCCACACGAAGUGAUCCCUUGGUAAACAAGAAGCGGAAAAGGAAUGUAUUACAUGAUGAACCGACCUCCAAAAUCAGCGGCGCCGACCUAGAAAGACUUUGGGGUCUGCGCAAGGAUGCAAAGCUGGCACAGAAACCUGACACCGCGAAACCGCAGCCAAGGGCUCAGUCACACCCGAAGAGUAUCACAUCUAAGCCUGAUGCCAAUCAGGCUGUCACCGAAAAUGUGAGAGACAAGGCUCCGUUUAAGAAUGGGACGAAGGAAAAAGGGACAAAAAAGAACAAGGGCGGUGGCAGCAAACAUGAAGACUCUCUGCCACACAAGGAAAUCCAUGUUCAAAGUGGCCCUCCAUCUGUCGAGCAAAGAGGUAGGAAUGACGUUGCUAAAACCCAUGAGCAGGACGAUGACCUUCCUCAGAGCUCGUCCGCAAAGAAUCUCAAUGGAUCCUUGCCAACACGGCCACCGACGGCCAAUCUCACACCUCUCCAGCUCAAGAUGCGUUCCAAAUUGACCUCGGCCCGCUUCCGCCAUCUCAAUGAAACACUAUAUACGACCUCGUCCACCGAUGCCAUGUCCCUCUUUACCAACUCCCCUGACCUAUUCGCUGAGUAUCAUGCCGGAUUCUCUCAACAAGUCAAAGAUUCAUGGCCGCAAAACCCGGUGGACAAAUAUGUCGUCACGAUCAGGACCCGCGGACCGCUCGAUUCGCCAAAAGGAGAUCUCCUCCCACUGCCCCGGCGCAAGACGAAUUCCUGUACGAUUGCCGACCUAGGCUGUGGCGACGCCCCCCUCGCACGAGGCUGUCAUACUCUAGUCAGGAAGUUACACCUCAAAUUUCACAACUACGACCUCCACGCUGCGAAUCCCUUUGUCACAAAGGCCGACAUCUCCUCUCUCCCGCUACGUGAUGGUGAGGCAGACAUUGCCAUUUUUUGUCUCAGCUUAAUGGGCACGAAUUGGCUCUCAUUCGUAGAAGAGGCAUGGCGCAUCCUUCGUGGUGACGGAAAGGGUGAAGUGUGGGUGGCGGAAGUGAAAUCGCGGUUCGGACGAGUCACACGGGGUCCAGGGCGUGUUGUUGAGAAUAGCGUUGGCAAAAGACGGAAGCAGCAGAAGCCUAAGAAGAACGCUGACGAGGACGGAGACGGGAUUGGCCACGAUGUCUUUGUGGAAGAAGCCGAUGGCAAUGCUGACGACGAGACGGACAUCUCGGCUUUUGUCAAAGUAUUCUCGCGACGUGGGUUCGUCCUGCGAGAAGGCUCGGUCGACAAGAGCAACAAGAUGUUUGUUAGCAUGGUAUUUGUUAAGUCUGGCGUUCCCACAGCUGGGAAGCACAAGGGACUCAAGUGGAACGGCCAUGAAUAUCAGCGCUUACAGAACGGGAAGAUGAAGUUUGUACCUAAUCCAAACGAAGACGAAGAUAUCUCUCCUGAAGAAGAGGCAAAGGUUCUAAAGCCAUGUGUUUACAAGACGCGAUGA